UUAUUACAUUUCAAAGAGUGUAGAACAUUUUUUUUUCCUAGUAGAUUGAUUUCUGGGGAAAUAAACAGUCAAAUCAUUUAUGUUUUGACAUGUUUGGCAUCAUCAUAAGAAGUAGAUUACUGGAUGUGUUUCUAAUACACAAGUGCGGUAGGUGCAAAUCAACAAAACCACCCAAACUUAAUACAACAUUAAUGGCUGUUGUUUAAAGCUACUCUAAGGGCUCCUUUUUUCCCCCAAUUCAUACUAUUAGUAAAACUUGGCUGCUGUAAUUUCAAAUAUUUGUGUAUCUUGGGGCCCCGGAAAUUUGGCUUUUGUUGGGUCGAUCGUCUGAAGCACCGCUUCCCAGGCGUUCGAGGAUUCAAAAUCUCUGCGGUGACAUGACGUCGGCUUAAGAUUCCCUUGCGGCUGUCUGGUUCACAGGCAUGUAUAAGAACCAGUUGCAAGAAUUAGCUCAGAGAAGCUGCUUUAACUUGCCGUCAUACGCCUCUAUACGAGAGGGACCAGACCAUGCCCCUCGCUUCAAAUCCACUGUUAAUUUCAAUGGCGAAUUUUUCGAAAGCCCUAACUUCUGCACUACUCUCAGACAAGCAGAGCAUACUGCAGCUGAGGUUGCCCUUAAUGUUCUUUCCAAGAAAGGUCCCUCUAAAGUUCUGGCUGCAAGAGUUUUGGACGAAACUGGAGUUUACAAGAAUUUGCUUCAAGAGACUGCUCACAGAGCCGGGUUGAAGCUUCCAGUUUAUACUACUGUGCGAUCAGGACCGGGCCAUGUUCCUGUUUACUCUUGUACGGUGGAACUUGCUGGAAUGAAUUUUACAGGAGAACCAGCUAAAACCAAAAAGCAAGCGCAGAAAAAUGCAGCAAUGUCUGCUUGGUCUGCCUUGAAAAUAUUGUCAAAAUCGAGCUUUUCAUCCUCUUCCUCUCCAACACCAACAGAGUAUGCUGGCAACGAUGAACAAGAACAAGUAAUUGUUGCUCGUUACCUUGGUACUCUACAACCUCAAGAUGCAAACAAUUUGGGACAAAGAGACCGGCAAUUGCAAUGUCGUCCAGGUCCCGCGGUCCCGUAUCGAGGAGGCAGAUCAUUUCAUUCUUCAGAACCCCAAAAAUGGGCAUAUUCUCGAUUUUGGCCGGAAGUGCCAAUGUUACAUAUUUCUCCUCAGGAUAUGGCCUCCUGGCAGCUGAGCCACCAAUUGGCUCUUUCAUCUGCACCCUCCAUUUCCUCCAGACCUCAGAUUUUCCCAUUUUGUCAGUCUAUACCGCAGCCAGAUUACAGACCGUACUUAUUCGCACAAGAGCAAGAACCUGUCCCCAAUGUUCCAGGAAUUGGCUCACCUCUGUACUUCUCAAACUACGCUAUGCCUGUUCCAGUUAGAAACGAUUCAGGGGUUACCAUAGGAGAAACAGAAGAAAAGCCGCAAGUGGAAAAAGAGUUGCUUAAUGGUGAAGGAGAUUCUGAUUGUGGGAAGAGCAAUCUCCCAUCAAAUGUAUGCAUGCCUUCUUUAAUCGAAGUUAAGGGCGAAAGAAAGAAUGUCUCCUCAGCUCCAAACACCAGGAUUUUGGUUCACCCAGAAAGCAAUGAAAUUGAACAGGGUCACCGGAUCCCCCUUAAGCCCAUGGAAGCCAAAUUUAGACCCAGAGGACAAAAUGCAGAUGUGGCAAAGUUUAGGUCAACAAAUCCGCAUAUAUUGAAUUACUUGCAGUCUAAAUCUAUGCCUCAGGGUAUCCAUAAGACUGGUUCUCCGGGGGCAAUAAGAAGUUCUGUGCCAAAUUCAUUUGCACCUCCAGUGAUGGUCAGAGCAGCCAGUGCUAGCCCUUCUGGUAGUCUCAGACCGGAGAGUUCAAUCUCUCCAACACCUGCUCCACCAACAAGAAUUGUCAGUUCUAAAUGUUCCACAAGACCUUGGCUGCAAGAAACAAAGGGGAUGAGAGGCAUGGCUGUGGCGCAUACUAUGGCACCGGCAGUUCAUAUUCGCUCAGUAGUGCCAGUUUGUUCAGCUCCUCCCGCUAAGAGAAGCGCAAGGCCUAGCCAAGAGGUGCCCUAUCCUGAUGUUGAAAGGAUGAGAUCUGAAAAACAAAGGGAGGACAUAUGAGAAUAGCAACUGCUGAGAAAAUUGAAUUUAAAUGCUGUCAAUUACAGGGUAUUUAUCUAUAGAAAGGAAAAGGGAAUAAAUGAUUAUUGUAGCAGAAGAGUUCUUAUGAAAAAAUUGAGCUUCUGCUCAUUCUUUCAAACCAAACAACCGUUUCUGCCCUGACCAUGAAAGACCAACGUACAUUCUAUGCAUUGCACCAGAAAGAAAAGUUUAUUACUC